AUUUCCCCCCUCCAUAGGUUUUGUGAUUAUGUCCUGUCCAACAAAGAGAGAGAGGAAAAAAAAAAAAAAAAUCCUUCGUCCUUCUUUUAGAAUAAAACCAGCCCCCGAAAAACAACACCAUCAAAAACUUUGGAACCUAGUAGAAGAAUCCAGGGGUCCUCCUCGAUCCCUAUUCUCGGAGGGCUCCCUCGUCCUCGUCCUCGUCCUCGUCGUCCUCCUCCUCUGCUCGAUCGAUGGAGGGCUCCUCCCCCUCGGCGCCGCCCCUCGCUUGGCACCACUUCUUGGAUCGGAUGCGCCACCCCUCCGCCGCCGAUCUCGUCAGAUCCAUCAAGAGCUUCGUCGUAUCCUUCUCGAACGCAGCACCUGAUCCGGAGAAAGACAGCGCGGCGGUGCAGGAGUUUCUCGCCAACAUGGAAGCUGCUUUCAGGGCCCACACACUUUGGGCUGGCAGUUCAGAAGAAGAGCUAGAAAAUGCUGGUGAGGUAAUCUUCUUAUACCCACUGCAAUUGUAAUUUCAGAUGUUUUCU